AUGUCAGGCUGGGCUGCUUAUAUCAAAAAUCUACUUGACUCAAGUCGAGGCAUACGGCGAGCUGCUAUUGUUGGCUAUCCUGAUGGUUCAGUAUGGGCAAGGUCCGAAGGUGAUCAUGAAUUUCGGGUAAUACCCUAUUUCUAUUUGCCUUUUUGCGUUGUUCAAGUGGUAAAAAAUCCAUAUACAAAAAAAGCGACAGAUGAAGAAUUAAGAAGAUUCGUUAGUCUGUAUGAUCAUAUUGAAAAAGUGCCGUCCACAGGUUGCGAUUUGGAAGGUGUGCAUUAUAUAGUGCCGCGAACUGAAGAGAAUCUCAUUUUUGGAAAGAGAGAUAAAACUGGGAUAUUUGCAGCUAAAACAAAAUCAGCUGUGUUAAUUGCUUGCUAUGAAGGAGAAAAUGCAGCUGGAGCAGAAGUGCGUGUAGCAGUUGAGAAGCUCGCGCAGUAUCUAAUGGAUUCAGGAUAUUGA